AUGCAGACAAACGGCCGCAAAAACAUGCUGCAAGCGGAAGCCCCAAAGCAGCGCUGCGGCUUUUUAGCCAUUGGAAUUUUAUAUUUUUAUAUGAAGGGAAGACUAUCAUGGCUGGACAUUAGAGCAGGCGUAAACGAGUUGAGCAAAGUCGUUGAGUCGCACGUAAAAACAGUGUACAGCACGAGCAAAAAAGCCAUUUUAAUAAAAUUCAGCAACAAAGAGCAGCUGCUGAUAGACCCUCCAAGCAAGUUUCACUUGACCUACCGAAGCCACGAAAAAGUGAAUCUGACUCCGCUGGCCCUCUACCUCCGAAGAGAAAUAAGCAACUACCGGGUGGAGAAGGUGAGCCAGCUCGGAUUUGACAGAAUAGCUGCCAUAAAGCUACGGUCGGGCAAGGGCGUGAUGAUUUUAAUCAUAGAAAUGUAUGCAAACGGAAAUAUCAUACUUACAGACGAAAACCUGAAAAUUAUAAACCUUUUGAGGCCCGUGCCGCACCUGGGAAUCGUAAAGGAGGGCAUCUACUUGGCAAACCAGCCCGAGCUUUCGCUUUCUUUGGAGCGGUUCAACUUUGUGGGCGGCGACAACCUAAAGAAGAAAAUAAGCAACUUUUUGUCGCUUUCUGGGCGGGUGGUUGACGACGUUAUUCGAGAAAUGGGCGCAGAGAUCGGCAAGGCGCUGGGAAUGCCCAGCCCGCUGCAGCUAAAGGACAUCCAAGCCGAAAUAGAGAGCGAGUCGCCCAAGUUUCUGGAGGCGUUUUCCGCGUUCUUUGCUCGCAUUUUUGCCAGCCUGACCUCUGUGGGCUCGUACGGGGUGGUGUACUACGAGGGCGACAAGCCAGUGAUGUUUUCUCCGUGGAGAGAAAUGUGCCCCGAGAGCGGCAGAAACAUCAAGGAGUUUGGCAUGUUUGGGGAGGCCAUGGAUGCGGUGUUUACGGCGCCUGUGGUAUUGGAAACUGCAGCGCAGAAGAAAAGCCGAAAAAUACGAGAGGCCCAGGAGAGGGACCUUCACAAAAAGCUGGAGGAAAUGACUAUACUAAAGACAAAGGCCGAGGCGCUUUCCGAGAACCAAGCCGAUGUGCAGGAAGUUCUCUCUGUGAUCGAUGCAGCACAGGCUGCAAACCUCUCGGAAGAUGAGUUUAAGCGGUUCAAAGAAACCGAGCAAGAAAAAAACAGAAUUGCCCAGAUUAUACAGAAGGUGAACUUUGCGAAAAAAACUGUUGACAUGCUUCUAACGGACCGAGUGGUCAGCAUAGACUACACCCGGUCCAUAUUUGAGCAAAUAAACGAGCUGUACCAGCAGGCAAAGAGAAUCGAAGAGAAGUCCAGAAAGACGCAGGCGGCCUUGCAAGAGAGCAGGUGCAAAGAGCAGGAAAUAACCAGCAAGGUGCAGAAGAUAGAGAAAAUAGAAAGAAGUCCGUUUUGGUUUGAAAAGUUCCGCUGGUUUGUCACCAAAGACUCGGACUUGAUUCUUGCAGGGAGAGACUCAAAGCAAAAUGAAAUUCUGGUGAAAAAGCACUUGAAGGACACGGACUUAUAUUUCCAUGCUGACGUGCGCGGAGGGUCCAGCGUAAUUAUUGGCGAAGGAGCAAGCGAGCACACAAAGCAGGUCGCAGCCGCAAUGGCCAUGCAUCUCUCCAAGGCGUGGGAGAACAAUCUUGUGUCCGAGGUGUACUGCGUGCGCGGAGAGCAGGUAAGUAAAACCGCGCCUGCUGGCGAGUAUCUAACGCACGGAAGCUUCGCAAUUUCAGGGAAGAAGGAGUUCUACUACCCCGCCAAGCUAGAAUACGGAUUUUCUGUAAUGUACAAGCUGAAAAACACUCCUGUAGAGGUAUCUGAAGACACGCGAAAAGUCAAAGGGCUGACUGCAGCCCCGGGGGAGCACGAGGUUGAGUUCGCAGUUGGCGUUUGCGGGCCGUACAAGUACCUAGAGGGAAAGAAGUGCAGAAUUCUUCCGGGCUCUGCAAAGAAAGGAAUGAUGAUAAAAGAGCUGCUGGCCAUUUCAGAGCAGGAAGCGCCCGAGCAAAUGAAGUUCAUCCGAAACAUCUCCGAGAAGGAAAUGGAGCUUACCGUGAUCGGAAACUCAAAGCUGGCCCACUCAGAAAUAGUAAAGCGGGGCGAGAAGUCUCUGUUUGUGCGAAGAACAAAAAACAAAAAGAAAAAGCCCGUGAAGACAGACAGCGAAUAG